GGUUGCAAUUGCAAAUCGCCAUCUGCUGGGAGCAUGCCCAACUAGUGGUGUAAACAAAUCUGCUCUUCGUCUCCUUGAUUCAGAGCAGGAAUCGUGUAUUUUUAUUUUUUAUUGGUCUCUUCCUUUUUAGAUCAACAAAUUCAAUAUCCGUGGAUUGAAGAUAAAAAUUUGAACCGUUCUUUUAUUUGAUUUUUAUUCAAAAACAUGUCAACAAUUAUACACAUAAAAUAAUUAUAUAAAUUAUAACAGGUGCCUCUGAAAAUAUUUAACAAAAUGGACAGUACGGAAAAGGAUAGUCUCAUGGACACAAGCGAGCCGCCAGAACUGCCAGAAGAGGCUCACCAUGACUCAAUUGCUGAAAGCAAGACUCAGACUGCCGGCGAAGAACCAAUGCCAACAGAGGAGCCUGAAACUGAAGCGCUGCCAGUCAUUUCACCAGAUGAACCAACUCCAGAGGUUUCAAGCAAUGAGACUGAUCAACUCAAAGCCCCAGCCCAGCAACUAACGGCCUUUCAGGUCACAGAAAUCGCGAGAGAAGAUAUCUCCUUCAAAACCACCAGCGUUGAGCAGUAUUUGAAGGGCUGCAAGUGGGCUCCGGACGGCACCUGCAUCCUGACCAACAAUUCAGACAACACUCUUCGGAUCUACAAUUUGCCCGGCUUCCUCUACCAAGAGUCUUCCAGCCUUCCGUCCGAACCGGACACCAUUCCACAAGCGGUGGUCAUCAAAGAGGGCGGCCUCAUUCAAGACUUCUGCUGGUACCCGCAGAUGUCCUCGAUGGACGCCGCAACCUGCUGCCUACUGUCCUGCAGCGCGAGGUGUCCGGUGCACCUGUGGGACGCGUUCGACGGCCGCCUGCGCGCCUCCUACUCCCCCAUCGACAGGGUGGACGAGGUUGAGGGCGCCAGCAGCCUGGCCUUUGCCCCUGACGGCCAGAGGUUUUACUGCGGCUCCACCCACUUCAUUCGCCUCUUCGAUCUCGGCCGUCCAGGACGGGAAUGCGAAAAAAGGGAACUGAAGCACCACCUCCAACCUUCCGAGUACCGGCAGCCUGGCAUCGUGUCUGCCAUCGCAGUCAGCGAGGCCAACCCCAAGGUGUACGCGGUCGGAAGUUACAGGAAAAGCGUCGGGUUGUACGCAGAACCGGACGGGGAGCUCAUCAGCCUGCUCCACGGACACAGGGGUGGGAUCACGCAGCUCGCUUUUUCUGCAGAUGGAACAAAACUUUUCAGUGGUGCCAGACAGGACAGCGAGAUAAUCUGUUGGGACACCCGUUCGCCCGGCCGCAUUCUUGCCAUCAUGCAGCGCAGCGUGUCGACCAACCAGCGAGUGCAGUUCGACCUGUCGCGUGAGAACCUUCUCUUUUCGGCCAACACCAGCGGCCUGGUCACAGUUUACGACCUGAACGAAGCCAGAGGCGAAAACUGUCCGAUGGGGGUUAAAAAGAGCUGGAGGGCGAGCUCGGACUGCGUCAAUGGGGUCAGCCUGCACCCCAGCAUGCCCAUGGUGGCCACGACCAGCGGCCAAAGACAUUUUGACCUCGCUGGUAGCGACGAUGAAGAUGACGAGCCUGACAAUGAGGACAAAGAGUGCUGCCUCAAGAUGUGGUGGCUCACAAAGGAAACAAGUGACUGUGAUAACAAUGCCCAGGUGGACAGUUGAUUGUUUUCAAAGUAAUUGCGUUGUGUUUUUCUUGAGAGCGAUUUAUUUCAUCUAGUUUACUGGAUACAUUUUUUUUAAAAACAUCUAUUAAAAUAUUUCGUGGCUCAGAAAUUUCAGUCGUUUUAC